CAAAAAGGUAGCAAGCUUAAACCCUUGUAGUGUUGGACUGAACCCCUUUUUUUCACCUGAGUCUCUCCGGCUACAUAGUGGGCCAGCUCUAUUUCUCCGGGAGAAAGGCGAAUCCAUGUCGAAGUGGUGGCGUUCGGUGGCUGCAGCCGGGCACGGCUUAAGAAACGCGACGGAGGCGGCGAGCCGACGGUCGUAUUUCACCAUUCAGGCUAUCCCAAGAGAGGCAACAGGUAGCGGAGUUUCCGCUAGGGACCGAGCACAGGGCCGUAUCCCCGCCGUCGUCUUCUCGCAGAAUUACGUCCUAACAAACCCUAGCGACACGAAAUCAAUCGCCGCGACGGCCGUCGUCUCCCGGAAACGCCUUCUUACAACCGAGAGAAAGCAGAUCAAGACCAUCAUUGAUUCCAUCGAACUCCCGUUCUUUUGCUCCACGACAUUUCCGUUGCAGAUCCGUGCCGGGUCGGGCUCAUCAUGUUUACUAGAAUCCGGGAGAGUACUUCCCAUCAAGAUUCACACACACAAAGAGACUGGGAAGAUAUUGAAUUUGGUCUUUGUGUGGGCUGAAGAUGGAUCCAAAUUGAAGGUGGAUAUCCCUGUUGUUUUAAAAGGAGAAGACGCCUGCCCUGGUGUGAAGAAAGGUGGUCAUCUAAACAAGGCGAGAAAAAGUUUGAGGUUCUUAUGCCCGGCAGAGAAAAUUCCUCAAAAGAUAGAGGUGGAUGUGAGCAAUCUUGAUAUUGGCGACAAAGUACUGAUGCAAGACAUCAGUGUUGACCCUGAUUUGGAGCUUCUGAGCACAUACCCUGAGAUGCCUGUAUGUAACAUUCGAGCUACUUAUUCUGACAAAAAGUCCAAAACUGCCCCCGUUGUAUGAUCUCCUGAAACAGCAGUGGCAGCGUCUAGGUCCAGCAGAUCCCAGUUGAAGAUGAUGAAGAAGACCAAGCCAUCAAUGGCUGCUGCUCUAUCUUUUACAAUACCAUCAAAAUCAUGUUGGAGCCUUUAUGCAGCAGUGAUGCUUAGGCAAGGUCCCGUCCACCGCGCACUCUUUACCAUUUACUAGUAUUAUACGUCGUGCUUCGCACCAGCUUGGAUCUUUGUGGGUGUUGUUUGUACUUUUGUCAUUGCGAGUUAGAUAAAUGAAGUAGGGGUUGAAUGAUUUGCGUGAGUUGUAGUUUGAUGAAUUGAGACAUUUAGGGUGGGGACAUUUAGGGUGGGGGG